UUUUUUAACCUAUAUAAAGCAUAUUUACUAUUAAAUAUAAAAGAUGUGUCAUUUUUAUAUAAUAAUUUAGACGUUAGAAAUCAGUCUGUUGGAAAUACUAUUUACUUUACAUUAGAGGGUGCCGAUCCAAAAACCCCAUUUUUGCUAAGAUUACCAAUCAAUGAAUUUUACGAUGGCAAUCCUUUUUAUCCAAAAGAAUAUUACUCAAGAUGGAAUUCAGAUAAAAACAAGUUCCAAAUUGAUUUUGUUGUUCCAAAGAAUUGUAGACUUGGUAUAUUUAAAUAUUCAAUUGUUAUUACACAAACAAAUACAGUUUCCUCUGAAUUUUUCCCAGAAAGUUCACAAUUAAUAAUUAAGAAAUCAAACUUUGAUGGUAUUGGUCCAGUUUUCACUAAUGUAGAAAAGAUUCCAUUUGCAGAUAACAAAUUUGGGUGGCGUUUAACAAUCAGUGAUCCAAUCAAUGGCUUUGAUAAUGGUACUAUAACUGUAACUGGUUCAGAAGAUAAUAGUAUUUACAAGUUUAAUCUACUACCAAGCAAUAUGAAGAGUGGUAAUAUAUCAGAAGGUAUUUGGGAAAUAUUCAUAGAUUUGGCCCCAAAUCACUGUAUUGAUCAAAACUACAUUAUAACAUUUGUAAAACUCUAUGACACCGGUGCUCUCUAUACUGUGUUUGAAUUAUCAACACAAACAAUGAAUCAAACUCCAAAUCAGAUUAUAAAUCCAUUUUAUUUAUUAUAUGGUGAUUCAACAAUAAAUAAAAUCUCAAUCAAUCAAUGUGAAGGACAAACACCAGAUACAACACCACCAACCAUAGAGAACUUUUCCUUUUCAACUGCUCCAGAUUUUGAUGUCGGCUCAUCAAAAAGAAAAAUUACAUUCGAGUUACAAGUUAAAGACCCAGAAAGUGGUAUUAAUACAUAUGCACAAGGCCCAAUCAUUUAUUUACUCGGUGAAAAUUUUGAUAUGGUGGAAUGUAUUACCAAAUUUGAGGCAUUUAUAAACAAUUACUAUCAAUUCAAAUGCUCCAUUGAAACACCUGUAGGUCUUGGAUCAACAUAUGGCAGAAUUCAUUUUUCAAUUUAUGGUAUUAUUAAUAAUCAUGGGUUAUACAAAGGUUAUGAUACAUCAACCUUGAUGCUAAAUUCAAUUGAUGUAUUGUAUUCUUUAACUGCACCAAUCUUAUUCGAUACAGGUAUAGCAUCAUCAAGAGGCGGAGAAUAUUUCGUUUAUGGAAGAGCUCUUUUAGAUAGCAGCUCUCUAAUUAUCACUGAUACUUUGACAAAUCAAUCGACAGAAUAUUCAAACAUUAAACUUUACGGAUCGUCUGUAAUUUCAAUUUCAAACUUGAAUGCAACAACAAAUAACUUUUAUGUAUCAGUAAAAUCAAAAUCAGGUUUAAUUUCAAACAAGCUUUUAGUAUCCCCUUUGAUAUUUAAUAGUUAUACACCAGAAGAAGAAUCUAGCAGUGGAGAUGAAACCCCAUUACCAACUAAUGCACCACAACAAUGCUUUGGUGAACCAUUAUGUGGAGGUCCAACUCAUGGUUCUUGCAACAACCAAACUGGUUGUGUUUGUAUAUAUCCAUGGAGAGGUAAAUCAUGCAAUAGUCAUAUUGUUGAACCAGAAAUACCAGUUCCAAAUCCAAACGAACCAUCAACAGAAAUACAGGUUCCAAAUGAUAAUAUCCAAAAUACUCUUUACAAAUCAUUAAUAUCACUUGUAUCAUUAAGAGAACUCGACUAUAAAGGUACUGUCAUUAAAACCCAUCCAUUUGAUCAAAAAUGGCAAUACAGUGAAAUAACAAAACUAAAAAGUAAUUAUUUAAAGAACCUAACAACAUCUGCCGAUAUAAACACAACGAUAUCAACAACAUUAGAGUGGUUUAAUGAAACAAAAGCUACAAGUUUUGCAGGUCAAGAUUUCGAAAUGUAUGCAAAUUCAAUAAAAUACUCAAUCGAAAUUUCAAAAUAUCCAUUUGUAAGCCCACUUAACUCACUUCAAUUAAUCAUGUCAGCAACAUUUUCAUCAAACUCAUCAGACUCUUGCUCAUUUAGAGAAUAUGGCGAUACAACAUCAGGUGAUAAUUCAAAUUAUAUCAAAGUUCAAAUCGAUAAUAAAUCACUCUAUGGCAGAUUCAUCAAAAGAGGUAUUAUAAAUGACAAAAAAAUUGUAUCACUCUCAAAUAUAUUUUUAGAUUCAUCAAUGAACAGAAUAUCAUCACAAUCAGAAUCACAAUCAUACAUUGGUAUUAUAAUUCCACAAUUUUCAAAGAAUGCUAUAAUCGAUCCAGAUUUUUCAGUAUUAUUAGAUAAUGACUUUGCAUCAUCAAACCCAGACUCAAUUUGCAAAAGUAAAGGAUUAUCGGGUGCCAAAAUUGCUGGUAUUGUUAUUGGUUCAUUUGCAUUUGUUGCCAUAGUUGUAAUAUGUGUA